AUGCCUGUUACUACUCGUGCAGCAGCAUUAAGAUCGCAAGCUAAUGCAGAUUUAAUUCAUUCACAAGAUCAAGCAACACCAACUUCAACAUCAACUGGCAAAACAACUCGUAAAUGUUCAUCAAAGCAGCAAUGUAAACAAGCUCUAGUACAACAGAUAAUAUCUUGUGCGGAAUCUCAAAUAUGUCCUCCACUUCAACCACAGUCAACAACUUUAGAUGCUGUACUUACACCCGAAUGUAUUCAUGAACAGCCUCAUGAAGAUGUGAUAUUAAAAACAGACGAUGCAACAGUUGAACCAACAUCUUCAACGCCAAUAACAGGUUCAGUUUCUCCAACAAAAUCACCACCAACAAAGAAUGAUGAUAAUGAUUCUAUCAUAUCAUUAGAAUCAUCAAACAACGAUGAAAAUGAAAUAUUCGCAGGAGAUUCAAGUCAUCUUAUGAAUGUACCAGUCAUCAAAGGAGAAAUAACAACAGGUACAUCAACACGAGGUGGAAAAAUGGUUUUCAUGAACGGCUUUGCAUAUCUUUAUAUGAGUAUGGCAAAAGAAACAACGGGUUGGCGGUGUGCUCGAAGAAAUGAGAAUUGCAAAGCCGUUAUUCAUAUCUCGAAACAAACAGGACAAUUUAGUCACUGGAACGGCAUCUUCCAUUGUCAUUCAUCGGAUGCACGUGAAACACGAAAGCGUGAUAUAUUAAACAAAAUUAAACAUCGUGUUCUUGAUGAAUAUAUAUCAAUCAAAAUCAUUAUUGAAGAAGAAUAUAGGAAAGCAAAUCUAUCAGUCGAAGAAAAACGAAUGAUGCCUCUUCCGGCUCAAAUAGAAUCUGGUCUACAUAAAUUAAGAAGAAAAUCAUUACCACCAAUGCCACAGAAUCAAAAGUUUCUCGUACCAUCAGUUUAUCAAGAAACCUACUCGCAUCAAAAAUUUCUUAUCUAUGAUAAGCGAAAAACUAUUUAUGGAGGUCGUCUGAUGAUAUUUGCUUCUGAUGAACAGUUAAAUGUCUUAUAUGGUUCAGAUGUAUUAUUUGCUGACGGCACAUUUAAGAUGAAUGUUGCUACUCGCUUUAUUUGGCUCAUUCUAAAUCUAUUUUUUGGAGCGGGUCUCGCAUGCAUCCUUUUUAAUUGGGUUGCAUGUGACAUGAAAAUGCCAUUGAUACUUACAAAUUUUAUUUCAACUUAUCUACCCAUUUCAAGUUCUCUUUUUAAUGUUCCAUAUGUUCACAUAAAUAAAAUAUCGUCAUCAGUUAUUGCGAAACUAAUAUUUAAUGCUUUUCUUUAUGCAAUUUUUGGUUUUGUUCAUACACUUUUUGCACAAGAAUAUGCUCAAGCUUUUCUUGGUCAAUUCUUAUUUCCUAAGCAAACACUUCGAACUGUGUAUUGUUUGCUGGUAACUAUCACUGCAUUUAUUAUUAUGGGUUUUUGGCAACAUACACAUAUACAACUUUGGAAUUUGUUACCAUCAACAAUGAAUGAUUAUCAACAAAAUCUUGCUUUAUUCAUUAUCUACAAUAUUAUUUUCGCACCAGGAUGGUAUGUGAUUAUUAAGUUUAAUCCAUUUGAAUUUUGUGGUCUACAACAAAUCUUCAGUAAAUUCGAUAGUAUGACAUGUCCAUAUUCAUCGUCAAUCAAGUCAGAGACAAGAACGACAGGUAAUCAGACUUUAGUGACAACUGGUCUAUUUCGUUAUUGCCGUCAUCCUUUAUAUUUGAUUACUCUAUUGGCUUUUACAAUCACACCUACUAUGUCACUUGAUCGUUUGGCUUUUAUUCUAUAUACAUGUAUAUAUGCAUCAAUCGGUAUUCCUUUUGAAGAACGCAAAUUAAUACAAAUAUUUGGUCAAGAUUAUGUUAAUUAUCAACAACAUGUACCAGCUAUUUUCCCUUGUUUUAUCUCAAAAAUGAAACAGAACUAA